AUGUUUCUGACGACCAACCGUAUCGGUACCAUCGACGCAGCGUUCAUGUCGCGUAUUCAAGUAGCAAUCCACAUGGGCGUUCUGGACGAGGGACAUCGUAGAAUUAUCUGGGAGAACUGGUUCAACAAUGAGAAACUGGGACUCAAACGCUCUAGCAAAAAUGCUCUCCUUGCCCAAUUAGACAGAUGUGCGAAAAUUAAUAUGAACGGGAGGGAGAUCCGGAACACCCUCAACACCGCACAAAGUAUUUCAUACACGAGAGUAGGAGCAGAUGGUAAUAUGAGUCCGGAAGACUUAAAAGCCGCCGCGAAUGAGGCACAAAGCUUUCAAGAGUAUUUACUGCUGAAAGUCAAAGAACAAAGGCUGCGGCACAGCCAGUAUGGGACUGGAGACAGUAGAACUAGAUUGAGCUCAAAAUCUGGUUCUAUGGGUGGCGCAUCUGAUGAUAUGGCUGUGGUGUGGCCGGAGGAAUUAUCGAGGGCGAGUUCGUGGGCUGCAGGGCAUGUGCUGUCGAUGAGGAGGGAUCUCUAA